AUGGAUUUGAAAGAUGAGUUAAUGGCAAUAAAUGAGAAACUCAUAUGGGGAACUAAAGGGCUUCACAUUGUUUCUGUUGUAGGUAUGCCCGGGCUUGGUAAGACCACCAUAGCCCGAAAAGUGUACAAUGAUCCGUCGAUCAUACAUCACUUCCAUAGACGUGCAUGGUGCUGUGUUUCCCAAGUGUAUAAGCGUCGAGAGUUGUACUUUGACAUUCUAACUGACGUCAUGGGUGUUAAUGCUCGUCAAUCUUACUCUGGCAGUACAGAUGAUGAUUUGGCGGAAAAACUUUGGAAAUGUCUAAGGCAACAAAGAUAUCUAGUUAUUCUGGAUGACAUUUGGAACUUGGAAGCGUGGAAGUGCAUACAACAAUCAUUUCCGGAUGACGACAUAGGGAGUCGAAUUUUAUUUACUAGCCGAAUCCGGAAUUUGAUGGCACAAGCCAAUCUGAUCAAUUGCAGUGUUCAUCCUCUUCGGUCACUCUCUGAUGAGGAGAGUUGGGAAAUAUUGAAAGGGAAGCUAUCACGUAUCCAUACUUCUCCUCUUGAUGAUGAACUCUCCGAAAUAGCUAAAAAUGUUGCCAAAAAUUGCCAAGGAUUGCCUCUAUCAGUGGUUUUGAUUGCAGACGAUGAUUUUCCACAUUGGGUUCAUGACAGUGAUUUAGUUUCUAAUCAUUCUUCCUUGAGUUCGAGAAAGUAUGGGAACUAUUGUCACCUGUGCACCGAUGAUCAAUGUACCAGUUUUGUCGAUGAUAUUACUGCUAGUCCAUUCAUACACUCUCUAGUUGCUGCUCGUAAAGGUCAGCUAUGUGUUUCCUGUCCCUCAACCAUUUUUGAAUGCUUUAAAUGCCUUAAUGUGUUGGAAUUGGAGCACAUAAGUAUUCCUGGUGGUUUUCCUGAAGAAGUAACAUUAUUAGUUCUGUUGAGAUACCUAAGGAUUCACUUGGAUACGGCCAAAAUUUUACCAUCCAUUGCUAAUCUGUGGAACCUGGAAGUCUUAAUUUUGAAGUUCAAUUGGGAUCCAGAUUUUUCAUUACCAAGUACCUUUUGGGGGAUGAAACAAUUGAGGCAUGUAAGUAUUCCAUGGUGGCGUUUAACAUACGGUCUUGAGGAUUAUGAAUACUGUCAACUAGAGCAGCUGGAAAUUUUGGCAGCACCAUUUCUCCAAAUGGGAAAUGAAACUCAAGAACUACUGAGACGGUUGCCCAGGCUUCGAAAGCUCAAGUGUUAUUUUCCAUUCGUAAGUAAUUCUGACAAUGGAAGGUUUCCAGAAAUGAGUCACCUAACUCAUCUUGAAUCCCUGAAUGUGAUGGGCUGCAGACACACAUCAAAUGGAGAGGAAUGGAGUCGGUUUAUAGCUUUUAACUUUCCAUAUAGUCUCAGAAAAUUUACACUGAAGAAAUGCAAUCUGCCAUGGAGUGGAAUAUCAAUAAUUGAGGAGCUGCCUCACCUGGAGGUUCUCAAGUUAAGAAGGGAUGCAUUUUCAGGAAACAGAUGGCACGUGGAAGACGGCAAAUUAUUGAAGCUUAAGUACUUGGAACUCCAGAGGUUGGACAUUGAAGAAUGGACUGUUGACGAUGACCCAUUCCCCUGCCUUGAACAGCUGAUAGUUGAAAGCUGUGAGUUCCUUUUCGAGAUUCCAUCCGGUUUGGGCUACAUUACCACCUUGAAGAAAAUAGAGAUGCGGGAGUGCAGCCGAGCCUCAAAUUCAGCCAGGAAAAUAUUCGAGGAACAGAGAGAAUAUGGAAAUGAUCUCCUUGAAGUUGUUGUUGAUGAUGAAUAUCUGAAGCAGCUAACUUUCCUUCCCCAUUUGCAACUGUUGACACCGAAUAAACUUGGGAUUUCGAUUAUGAAUGGCUCUUGGACAGCAUUGAAAAAGGUCAGAGAUAGGCCGGUGUUUCCCGGUUUCAGAAUCUCAGCGAGACCGUUGAUCGGGCUGCUGCGGUGGCCUUGUCUUCCCAGACGAGUUCCCCGGUUUCAGAAUCUCAGCGAGACCGUUGAUCGGGCUGCUGUGGUGGCCUUGUCUUCCGAGACGAGUUCCGCGUGA